AUGGCUACCGUCAACAAGGAGUCUUGGGAAGCUUUCCACGAAUGCUUCGAGUGCUUCAUUCAAGCUAAUGAUCUCGUGGAAGUCUCUUUUGACAGGAAAAGAGGGUUCUUCCUUACAGACCCCAGUUGUAUCUCCAAGGACACAUCAGUGCGCCACAACUCCCCAAAUGGAUCGCAGGGAACGGGAGGCCCAUCACCCACAGCCGAGAAGCAGAUCUCCAUCCUAACCAGGCUGAAGCAAGAGCAGGCAGAAAUCAGACACCUGCAGAACAUCGGCCGAGCUGCCCAUCGGGAGCGGAAGCUUCUCCUCCAACAGCAGAAGGAGCUCUUAGAAGUGCAGAGGACCACCACGCAGCUGUGGCUGCAGCUGGCUGGGGAGCUGCCACACCCGAUUCCUGAGAAUUACAACCUUCAAGGAGUCGGAUUGCUGGAGAAAGAAACGUUUGAACCCUCUUCCAAGGCUGGUCCUCUCCUUGCAACCCCUUCAGAGGGCACAGAACGGAGGAGCAGCCGUGAAGCCGGCAAGAAACAUCUGGCUGAGUCAAAGGACAUUUUGCCACCGGAGAAUCGGGCAGCAGAAGGAUUUGAAAAGUGGAAAGAAGGAAAGGAAACUACAAUCCAGGAUCUAUAUGAUCUUUCUGGUCGAAGAUCCCGGGAUCCAACCCUCGGAGAUGGAAGAACAGCAGAUCACUUGUCCAGUCGAGGAGGAAAAGAAUAUGAUCAUGGUUUGACCAAGAAUUCUCAAGACGACCAUCCUGGUUCUCCACUGGACAAAGACCCAGAAGAUUCUUCUUCUGCAGGAUUUCCUUCCGCACUUCGUGGUUUCUCUCCAUAUCCAGAAAAGUCACCGUCUGGUCUUGAAUUCCAUAAGGGCUACGCGGUUCUAGUCCAUCUCUCUGGAAGUUCUCCUUCAGAUUUAGAAGAUGAGGGCCUACAAGACACCGACGUGAGCCUCCCUGAAGAAUUCCUCUUCCAGGAACCCCUCCCUGAGCAACUGGGUGUCUCUACUCAUCACCAAGCUCCAGCGGUGCCCAGGAUAGUCAUCAACACAGAAGAUAGUCCAUCCUCCUCAGAGAAGAAGCCCCAGGGAGAACUUUCUGGUGGAGAUCUUGAGUCGAGAGACUCGGCGUGUGCUCUGUAUAGCCAGGAAAAGAUCUGGGAAGACACACGUGGAAGAGAAAGGUUGGAGGAAUCUGACUCUGUUAUAUUAUCCAACCAUGGAAGGGUGCAGGAGAGUCCUUCUCCUGUGGCCAAAAAGGAUCGUGUCCAUACACCAAGCACUGCAGCUUCUUUGAACAUUUCUGAGGAGCUCUCCUGCACAGAAAAUGGUGGGGACGAGAUGACUUCUGGAAGCCCAGUGGACCCAGGGAUGGUUUUCUUCUCCACCAACGUUCCUUUUCAGAGUCCCGGGGCUGAAGGGAAGAAGGACCCUGCGCCUUCUUCUAAUGAAGCUGGAGAAGAUGUUGAGGAUGAAAACCCACCCCGUUUUGGUAACCAGGAGGCAAUCGUGACACUGGCACCAGUUUUUUCUCUGAACAUUGGCGCUCCUGAAGAUCCUGAGGACCCACUACACGGCCCAAAGCAUUCAAGAGGCCACAGGUUUCCAAUUUCUUCUGGUCACCUGCCCGCGUCAGGGGACCAACCUGGCUGUGCCAACCGUUCAACGGAUGAGUGUGUAUCCCACAAGCCAGUCGAAACCAGUGUCCAACUCCACAAAACAUCCAUGGGCAAUGGGGUCUUGGUUGAGGAGCAUCGAAAAAGUUCCCCAGCCAGGAACCAAAGUAUAAAUAAAGCUGAAAUGCCAACGGUUCGUUUAAGUUCUCUCCAAGAGGAGGACCUCAUGGAAAACGAAGGGGACGCCAUGCUUCUUCCUGAACUGGAUGAUGAUGUGGUGUCUCCUGUGGAUGAAAUGCUGACUUAUGGAAGCAGUGAUCUCCCAUCUUCAAGUGAAAAGGAUGUCUCCUCCUGGAGCACAGAUCUUCCAGCUCCACCAGAAAACCAUGGGGAGGCCAACUCUAGCCUCCUCAACUUCCCUUCUCCACCCGACCCAGUGGGAUCUUCUGAAGCGGAAGAACUCUCCUCACCCCGCGACCUCCCAGCAGAAGGUGUGGGGUCCUCUCUUCAGGCCUGAGCAGAUUCCUCCCCCUUCUCACAGUCUCAAAUUCAAAUUUCAACGUAAAAGUGGGGAGAGAGAGGGAAAUUAUAGUUGCUUUACAGGUAGUUCUCGACUUACAAUAGCGGUUCUACC